CGAAAGGGAAAUUUUUGACAAAACAGAAAUAAUACCAAACCCACCAACCACUCCAACUCGCGAUGUUCACCGAAGUCGCUGUUACAGCAUCCAACACGGAUUCCACCAUCUAUGUGUGGGAUAUCCGUUCUGGAUCCACCUUAUUUUCGUUCAAACAAAGUCAUUCACCCAAGGGAGGAUUCGCGUUGGUUCCCAAACGCGGCCAAGCAUUGGAAACAGGUGCCAUCAUUACCACUCAAACCGAUCGUGCCGUUCUCAACGUCUACGGAUGGCAACGCGAUCAAGUGCUGCACAAAAUGCCCACCACCGAAAAAAUGGUCAGCGUAGCUGCCUCCAAUCAAGGAACUUAUGCUGCUGCCGCCACCGCCAGCGGUCGGGUUUACUUGUGGCACCUCGCCACCGGUAACUUGGUUCGCAUAUUCGAAGCUCACUAUCGACGUAUUACGCGAUUGGCAUUCACUUCCGAUGAUCAAGCCUUAAUCACCGCCAGUGAAGACGCUACCGUCAAUGUUUGGUUAAUGGCCCAGCUGUUAAUGGUCGACGACGAAUUUAACGACAACUCAUCACGUCCUGCUCCUCUCUAUUCCUGGUCUGAUCAUACCCUUCCUGUCACCGACAUCCAUCUCGGUCACGGUGGUCUCAAUACAACUCGUGUCUACACAUCAGCUAUGGAUCAUACCGUUAAAUUAUGGGAUCUCGCUACCGGCCAACUUCUCACUACCUUCCUCUUCCCCAAAGCCGUCACCACGGUUUGCGUUCAUCCUGCCGAAACCAUGUUAUUUGCCGCUUGCGAGGAUAAGAUUUACUCUGUGGAACUUUAUCGUCGACGUGAACAGCAAACGUAUGAUGCCGUUGAAAGUGUAGGUGGCAUGGGCAAAGUCGAAUCCGUGGGUGUCAAAGCCGUCAAUGGUGCCCUUGAAUCUUCUUCCGGUAGCAGCAGCCUCGGUGCCGUAUUUGUAGGUCACACUGGUGUCAUUCACUCGUUGAGUCUUUCUUUCGACGGCAGUUUAUUAAUCAGUGGAUCAGAGGAUGGCAAUUGUAUUGUAUGGGAUGUAUCGAGUCGUCAACCGAUCCGUAAAUUUGAAUCACACAAGGGUCCUGUCACCCAUGUGGCGUGCAUUUUGAAACCGAUGGAACUGCUUGCGGGCGCAGGGAAGCAAAUGGUCUCGCCAUUGGUAUGGAAACCAUUCAAGCGUGCGGUGGUAUCCGAGGACGAAGAGCGCAGAACAGGAUCUGAGCAAUACAUUCGUGAUACGUCCAUGGACCUCCGCCAUCAUCAACAACUCAGCGAGGCUGGCCCUCUGUACACGUCCUUACCAUCGGAAACAGAAAAGAUCCAUCAGGUCGAGAACGUGUUACGCCAAUUAGAGACUCAAGACUCCAGCACAGCUUUGCGGUCACAAAUUACGGGUUUGCAAGCGGAAUUGGUGCGCUUGCAUGAACAUCACAACAAGUACAAAGCAUUGCAUAAUGAAACAUAUAAUCUCAUGGUCGAUGCUUUCAUGAAAGAUCGCCGUCAGCAACACCCAUCAUCAUCGCAUGAAUAAGAACUACACUCAUCCUGUUCCUCAAAUCAUUUGUUCAAUUUUCUUUUUCUUUUUCUGUGUAGACUUUCACAUUCCUCUAUCCUCCUCUCCCCUUUUAGACAAUCUGCAUUUUAUUUCGCCUAGUAAAAAUUGGGUGUAAUGAAUUUCAUUUUCAUCACAAAAUUCUCGAUCCAUCAGUCUUUAUGCGCCCCCCCCCAUUGACCUUGUUGUGAAGCAUGAAGAAGGGAAAAUAACAACCAGCACAAUAACGGAC